GAUACAGCUAACACUAACAGCAACGAUUAUAAAUCUAAUAUAUUCUAGGUAUAUGGGCACCAGUCCAAGUAAGUGUUCGCCUCACGGGAUAGAAUGGCAGGGAAACAUCACAUACUACCAAUACGGCCCUAUUCAGCCUGACCGCGAACAACUGAUGACGCAAAUCCGCAAAGCCAAGUAUAACGAUGUUGGUGGCACUGCUGAUAGUGGUGCCUGUCACCGCCCUGUUUCUAGCCUGGUUCUAUCUUUUUAGAAACAACACUGACAUUCCUGUCUCUCCCGGUUCUAAACCAAUUGUUGGACACAUGCACCACUUCAUGGACCUUACCAAGGACACUCUUUAUCUAUUUGAACAGCGAUAUUUCGAGAUGACAGACCCAAAGAAAACAGGAUCGGUGUCUCACAUAAAGUUCUUUUUUCAAUCGAAUUUCUCCCUGAACACUGUAACUGCAGCUGAACCCCUCCUCAAAUCGAACGUUAACAUCAACAAAUCCUUCCAAUACGAUGCAAUUUCUGGGUGGCUGAAGAACAGUGUCCUCGUACUCCCCGGACAAGAAUGGCAAAAACGACGUAAGAUGCUUACUCCUGCUUUCCAUUUCAACGUCCUGGAAGACUUCUCCGAAACGAUGAAAAAGCACGCCAGUUUGUUUGUUUCGUUGCUGAAAGCGGACCCAACCAAGCUUAUAGUGGAAGUUAUAGAGGAAGCCACAUUUUAUAGCUUGUGCGAAACUUCUUUUGGUAUUGAGUUCGAAAGUAGAGAGGAAGCAAAUGCCCUCUUUGCUCCCAUGGCGUCCCUGACGGCCGCAUUUGCGAUGAGAACAUCUUCCCAAAACCCCUUAAUCCAGUCCGAUUGGUACUACAACAUGACUGAGGGUGGAAAGCUUUGGAAUUCUUCUGUAAAUGAGUUGAACAGACAUAUAAUGGGAAUGAUAAACAAGGCGAAAAAGGCAUUGGAGUUGGGUGAAACUAGGCUGCACAAAGGAAAACGAGCAUUCCUGGACCAAAUGGUUUACGAACAAGCUGAGCGAGGGGAGAUAACUGAUGAGGCAAUGAUUGGAGAGUGCAACACAAUACUACUUGCUGGUCAUGCCACCACUACUGGAACCAUAGCUUUCUGUGUAUACUAUCUUUGUAGGCAUCAAGAUAUCCAGGAACGUCUUUACAAGGAAAUCGCUGACCACCUGGAUGGUAAGGACAUUGAUGAUAUUGAUCAUGGAAGUUUACCGUACCUAGGAAUGGUUGUUAAGGAAACCUUGAGGCUACAGCCCCCAGGUUCUAUUAUCGGACGCAGGCUAACUGAACCAAUGGAUGCUGAUGGUCACAUGCUUCCCGCUGGAACCAACCUUGACGUAUCCAUUUGGUGGCUUCACCGAGAUCCUGAGCAUUGGGACAACGCCGAGGAGUUUGACCCAGAAAGAUUCUCAGAGGAAAACUCCCGAGGCAGAAACCCCUACGCAUUUGUUCCUUUUUCUGCAGGACCUCGCAAUUGUAUAGGUCAAAGAUUUGCCAAUGUUGAAACACGUUUGUUCAUUGCAGCUUUGGUUUAUAACUUCAAAAUGAAUUCAGAGCAAGAGCUCGGCAAAGGAUUAUUUAGGAAUCUCCAUAAUGUAUCUGCUGUUCCUGGUCCGGACUUCAAAGUUGACUUCGCUCCCAGGGUUUAAGAUUCAAGAUAAGAGAUUAUAAAAUAUGAAAAAUACAUUAUAGAAUGUUAAAAGAGUAUUAAAUCAAAAGUAAUUUUAAUGUAGUUGCACUAAUUAUGUACAGCGAUUAUCUACCAUAGAAUUCUAAGAACAUGAUUGGUGAUGUGCUUUGAAUGAAUCGCAUGCAUACUGAAUAGUUCUGAAUAUACUAUCUUCUCAUCAUGCUCUGGAGUCUGGCCUCUGGCUAACAAUCGCCAUUUAAACAUCUUAUCAGCACAAAGAAUGAUUUAACUUUAAGAGGAGGGCUUAAGAGUGUUCUUCGCUUAUCUUUGUUUAGGAUGUAUAACUUUAGGAGCGAAUUUUGAGAGUUCUGCUGUUUUCUAUUACUCAUUAGCCUCGAAGUCUCCACGAGUCCCUUAGUCCCAGUUGGUCUUUUGGUCAUGUUUCCAAUAUAUACAGGUGCUGUUAUGGACCUUGAAUAAAUCGACCCUCCCUUAUUUUAAUGUACAGUCAAGAAUCAGUGUAAGUUAAUUUAAAUCAUGAUUUUAUUUUAAAGGAUUACUUCUACAAUGUUCAGUUAUAGCAUCUUACAUCUAUAUAAUAAAUGUCAGUAUUAUUUAUAUUUGGUAUCAGUGUUUAAUGUUUAUGUUAGUGUUUAUUAUUUUUAUCAUUUUAAGCAUGUACAGUUUAGAUUACAUUACAGUGCACGUGUUUGGAUAUUUUGCAGUACGAAAAAUAAAAAUCGACAAAAUAUUUAGAUGAGCUUGACUCUCUAUACAAAUAUUUAGCGUUCAUAGAAAUUGUAAGUCUGACGAACAAUUAACAGAAAAGUAUUUCGUCUGAUUUUGAAAUGUAUGUCAUUUAAAAACAUCAGUGAAUUUUUCUUAGCAGCAGAAUAAUUAGAGUGUGCUAUGUUUGUAAUUAUCUUUUAGAUUUGAUUUUUAACUUCCAUUGUCAAGCUGUAUGUCAUUGAAAAUGGAAUUAUCAGAAAUUUGUCAGAAACGUCAUUAAAACGUGUUAGAAAUUUAAAAUGUGUAUUUUUUUAUUAGAUUUUUAGUUUGCAUUU